CAUUUGUGGUUGACACGUCGACCGAGUUUCAUUAAGAAAAAUUGUUGCUCUCAUUUUUUUGUGAAACUUGGAAUUUGAAAUAUUUAUUAAGGAUUAUUUAUUUUUGAAAUGUCCGGAAUUUUGAGUGGUAGUGGAGGUGGGGGUGGUUUUGGCGGUGGUGGAGGUGCGGAUGGGGGUGGUCUUUGUGUCUUCUCGUGCGCCGCGGUGGUAUCCGCAUUUGGUGCGGUGGCGGCCUUGUAUGGCUUGGAUUUAGGACCGGAAACGACCUUUUUCGCGAUUUCGGGUCUUGGAGCGUUGUGCUUUACGAAGUGUCAAUAUCUGAGAUUGAUCCAGCAGAGGAACUCGUUCAAGAAGAGGGGUGGUUUGGGCGAGAAGUGGGAGAAUCCUGACGAGAGAGAGUGGAACUUCUCCAACAUCAGUGGUCAACUCGAAAAAGCAGAGCACAAAUGGGGAGGGGCCACUGACCACGACGAGAUUUACAGAGACUCCUCAAACCCAUCGUCCAAACUGGGGUUAAAAAUUAAGAAUACUGAACACUUAUGAAAUUAAGGGUACAAAAUGCUUCGGUGUGAACAAUUUCGUCACAGUUUUGCACAUUGCUUAUACUGCCAAAGACAUUUAAAUAUUUAUUUUUUACCCCAAAAAUUUACUACAUACUUUUUACUACGCACUUGACCUGUUUGCCUUAAAUUUUUGUUUAUUUUAAUUUAAUAAGAGAAAGAAAUAAUAAAUAUUUUUUGUGAAGAAAAUUC